GUGUGUGCAUGGAGCAGCGCUGGGAGAGCGCCCGGCAUCGGCAUGGAGUGGCUAAUUAAAUAAACAGCUCAUUAAGUGCCGUUAGCGGGCUGCGUUUGUGCACGCGUUAGGUCAGCCGUUGUGUGAGAUGCUGCCAAGUGCUGGUGUCUAUUACUUCCCGUGGGAGAUCAACAGCUCAGUCCCUGAGGGGCAGACACUGAGGACAUUUGGCAGGUUAUGCUGCUAUGACCUGGCCCGGUCUGAAGCCAUUCUCACCACGCAGCACAACUCGGCUCACUACCAGGUCUGUGUUGACACCAAGUUUGUGGAGCCAUUCCAAGCCCAAGUGGGAUCUUCCUAUAUGGUCCUGGGAGAGGCUGAACACAGGGAAGAAACUUCCAGUCCUGUGGUAAAAGCACGAAUAUUGACCUGCGUGGAAGGGAUGAAUGUGGCCCUGCUGGAACAAGCCAUACAGGAGCAGAGGAAAUACUUCAAAGAGAGGCAGGAGCAGAGGGAAAGCAGCACAUCCUGACAGCAGCUCUGAGACCAGCCACACGCUGGUCCUUGCACUGCCAUUUGCAACAAAUAUGUUAAAAGCCAAUUAGGAAGUGUGUUUGCUGUGGCAAACAGCAAAGUCACUGAGCAGGGAAACACUUGAAGACUGAGUCAAUGUGUGGGACUGUGGGCUGUCCAUUCCUGCCCCAGGUGUCAUGACUGAAAAUAGCUCUGGGAAGCAGGUUUGUUGUUUGCUUGGAAGGGUGGUUAAGGAAAGGGAACACUUGGUUUACACUGCUUCUUUCAUAAUGCACGACAUGAAGGAGUCAGAAGCUCUGAAUCUGGAGUUCAGCAGCUCACCUUUGGCAGAUGGGGGAAAGGGCAUUAGCACAAAGUUCAUGAGCCCUGCCUGGCUGCGGGCCCAUGAGUGCCUGUGUUGGGGUACCCUGACUCAGCUGCCACACAAACAAGCAUUCCUGGCAAAACACUCAGCCAUCUGCACUGACCAAAGGAGCAAGAAGAACAAAGAGUCACUAUUUUCAGUAGCACCUGCCUCUUCAGGUAGGAAGAGCUAGUAUCUAAGGGGAGGAUUAAUUUUAAUUCUAAAAUAAAUAUUUGCAGUAGCCUGAGUACUUGUC